GGUCGGGUCAGCGGGCGCUGCAGUAGUCGCCGCAGCGGCGAUGGGAACGGUGGGGGCGAGGCGGCGGCGGCGGCGACAGGAGGAGGAGCAGAGGCUGGCACAGGAGCAGCGGCUGGGGGUGGCCAGAAAGGGCAGUAACAGCAGCAGCCGCCGCCGUCGACAGUGAACACGGUCGGUACCAGAGGGGACUACCCAGCCGGCCGGCCCUCGAACCCGCGCUCGGGUCCCGUCGCCGUCAGGCGGCGGGGGAUGGGCAGGGGGCGGCAGUCCCGCCUCCUGAGGGUAGACCCUUGCGGGUCCUGGCCCUGAGUCCGACCGGAGAUUAACGCCCGAAAUCCCUACGUCCGCCACGGCUCAGUUUAAAUGGAAACCACCCUUGGGAGCUGGGUGCUUGUGUAGCUGUUCUACCACAUCAGUAAUUUGCAAUGAGUGGGGGAGGAGAGCAACCAGAUAUCCUCAGUGUCGGAAUCCUGGUCAAGGAAAGAUGGAAAGUGUUGAGGAAGAUUGGAGGUGGGGGCUUUGGAGAGAUUUACGAUGCGUUGGACAUGCUUACCAGGGAGAAUGUUGCACUGAAGGUAGAAUCAGCUCAACAGCCAAAACAAGUCCUGAAAAUGGAGGUUGCUGUACUGAAAAAACUACAAGGGAAAGACCAUGUUUGUAGAUUUAUUGGCUGUGGGAGGAAUGAUCGAUUCAACUAUGUGGUCAUGCAGUUGCAGGGUCGGAAUCUGGCAGAUCUACGCCGUAGCCAGUCCCGGGGUACAUUCACCAUUAGCACUACUCUUCGGCUGGGCCGACAGAUUCUGGAGUCUAUUGAAAGCAUCCAUUCUGUGGGAUUCUUGCACCGAGACAUCAAACCGUCAAAUUUCGCCAUGGGUCGCUUUCCUAGUACAUGUAGGAAAUGUUACAUGCUUGAUUUUGGCUUGGCUCGACAAUUUACCAAUUCCUGUGGUGAUGUCAGACCACCUCGAGCUGUGGCAGGAUUUCGAGGGACGGUUCGUUAUGCAUCAAUCAACGCUCAUCGGAAUAGGGAAAUGGGAAGACAUGAUGACCUCUGGUCCUUAUUCUAUAUGUUGGUGGAGUUUGUGGUUGGUCAGCUGCCUUGGAGAAAAAUAAAAGACAAGGAGCAAGUAGGCUCUAUUAAGGAGAGGUAUGAUCACAGGCUUAUGUUGAAACAUCUCCCUCCAGAAUUCAGCAUCUUUCUUGACCAUAUCUCCUCUUUGGAUUAUUUUACAAAACCAGACUACCAGCUUCUUACAUCCGUGUUUGACAACAGCAUCAAGACCUUUGGAAUAGUUGAGAGUGACCCUUUUGACUGGGAGAAGACUGGAACUGAUGGCUCCCUAACAACUACCACUACUUCUACAACCCCUCAGUUACAUACCCGCUUGACCCCUGCUGCAAUUGGAAUUGCAAAUGCCACUCCCAUCCCAGGAGACUUGCUUCGAGAAAAUACAGAUGAAGUGUUUCCAGAUGAACAGCUUAGUGAUGGAGAGAAUGGUAUCCCUGUUGGUGUGUCACCAGAUAAAUUACCUGGAUCUCUGGUACAACCUCAUCCCCAGGAGAAGGAUGUCUGGGAAGAGAUGGAUGUCAACAGGAACAAGAUAAAGCUCGGGAUUUGUAAGGCCACCACAGAAGAGGAGAAUAGCCAUGGUCAAGCAAAUGGCAUGCUGAAUGCUCCAAGCCUUGGGUCACCAAUUCGUGUCCAUUCAGAGAUAACUCAGCCAGACAGAGAUGUUCCAUUGGUGCGAAAGUUACGUUCCAUCCACAGCUUUGAGUUGGAAAAAUGCCUGACGUUGGAGCCAAAGCCAGACACUGACAAGUUUCUUGAAGCCUGCCUGGAAAAAAUGCACAAAGAUUCCAGUGCAGGAAAGGAAUCUACUCUCCCUGAUCCACUUUAUAAGCCUUGUGUUCCUGCUGUGUCCCGUACUGACCGCAUCUGGCACUAUGACGAAGAAUACCUUCCAGAUGCUUCCAAGCCUGCCUCUGCCAACACCCCUGAGCAGGGAGAUGGUGGUGGCAGCAAUGGAUUUAUAGCAGUCAACCUGAGCUCCUGCAAGCAAGAGGUUGAUUCCAAAGAAUGGGUGAUUGUGGACAAGGAACAGGACCUUCAGGAUUUUAGGACAAAUGAGGUUCUAGGGCAUAAAACAACUGGAAACCCCUCUGAUGAAGAGCCUGAAGUACUUCAAGUUCUGGAGGAAUCACCUCAAGAUGAAAAGCUCAGAAUAGGUCCCUGGGCAGAAAAUGAAAAUUUGAAGAAGGAAACCUCAGGUGUGGUCUUAGCACUUUCUGGAGAGGGCCCUGCCACUGCUGCUUCAGAACAAUAUACUGAUAGGCUAGAACUCCAUGCUGGAGCUGGUGGUCAGUUUAUUGCGGCAACACCCACAAGUCCAAUGGAGGCACAAGCGGAAGGACCCCUUACGGCGAUUACAAUUCCUAGACCUUCUGUGGCAUCUACACAGUCAAUUUCAGGAAGCUUUCACUAUGGUCAGCAACCAGAGAAGAAAGAUCUUCAGCUCAUGGAACCCACUGUGGAACUUUACUCUCCAAGGGAGAACUUCUCUGGCUUGGUUGUGACAGAGGGUGAACCACCUAGUGGAGGAAGCAGAACAGAUUUGGGGCUUCAGUUAGAUCAUAUCGGUCAUGACAUGUUACCCAGGGGAGUUCAUAUCAGAGGAUAUGACAAAUCCCAAGACCUGGGGCAAAAAGACCUUCCUGACCAUAGCAGACUGGUUGUGAGAGAAUUUGAGAGUCUUCCUGGUGAAAUUGAAGAGAAAAGCCAUUUUCUAGGGCCAGUUAAUGAAGAUGAGCAGUUAAGUAAAGGACAGUGUUCUGUUGAGAUCUCCCGUAUCCCAGGGGAUUUGUUAACUAUAGAAAGAGAUCAGUCAACUACUACUGAACCUGUUGAUGUGACAAAGAUACAGACUUUCAGUGUGAUGCCAAAUCAAGACAAAAAUCAUGAGGUAUUGAAGCUUUUGCCAGUUGGAACUUCAGAAAUUUCUCCAAGAGUCAUUAACCCCGGUGUUGAAGGACAGAUGGGUCAUGUGGCAGCAAUGCAAAAAAGGAAGAUAUCUAAGGAUGAUGACAUCAAGAAUGAAGAUUUGCCAGGUCAUCAAGGAGACCUGACUACUAUUCUGCACCAAGAAGGUAAAAGAGAAAAAAUUGCUCCUAGAAAUGGAGAACUGUUUCAUUGUGUUUCAGAGAAUGAGCAUUGUCCUCCAUCCCGGAAGGAUACGUCUAGGUCAUCUUUUGUAACCAGACACAGCCGAAUCCCUGUUUUAGCACAAGAGAUAGAUUCAACUUUUGAAUCAUCUUCUCCCGUCUCUGCAAAAGAAAAGCUCCUCCAAAAGAAAGCUUAUCAGCCGGACCUAGUCAAGCUUCUGGUGGAAAAAAGGCAACUCAAGCCUUUCCUUGGUGACCUCUCAAGUGCCUCUGAUAAACUGCUAGAGGAGAAACUAGCUGAUGUUCCUGCUCCAUUUUCUGAGGAGGAAUUAUUCACUCCUUUUUCAAGACUGGCAGUAGACUCUCAUCUAAACAGAUCAGCUGAAGACAACUUCCUGUCACCCAUUAUCUCCCAGUCCAGAAAGAGCAAAAUUCCAAGGCCAGUUUCAUGGAUCAACACAGAUCAAGUCAUUAGCUCUACUUCAUCUCAAUUCUUGCCUCGGCCCCCACCAGGAAAGCCACCCACUAGACCUGGAGUAGAAGCCAGGCUACGCAGAUAUAAAGUCCUAGGAAGUAGCAACUCUGACUCAGACCUUUUCUCUCGCCUGGCCCAAAUUCUUCAAAAUGGAUCUCAGAAAUCCCGGAGCACUACUCAGUGCAAGAGUCCAGGAUCCUCUCACAAUCCAAAAACACCACCCAAGAGUCCAGUUGUCCCUUGCCGAAGUCCCAGUGCCUCUCCUCGAAGCUCUUCCUUGCCUCGCACAUCUAGCUCCUCACCAUCUAGGGCUGCAAGGCCCCACCAUGACCAGAGGAGUUCAUCCCCACAUCUGGGGAGAAGCAAGUCACCUCCCAGCCACUCAGGCUCUUCUUCCUCCAGGAGGUCCUGCCAACAGGAGCAUUGCAAACCCAGCAAGAAUGGCCUGAAAGGAUCCGGCAGCCUCCACCACCACUCAGCCAGCACUAAAACCCCCCCGGGGAAGAGUAAGACAGCCAGCAAACUCAGCAGAUAGGAGUGGGGCUGCAUCUCUGGGAAAGAUGGGAGAUCUUCCUCUGAAACCUGAUGCAUGUUGUGUCCCUGUACCGUCUAUUUAAAAAAUCAGUGUUGAUCUUUACUUGUAUAAGAAAGUAACAUGAUAAAUUAUUUAUAAAGACAUAAAUAUGUGAUAAGGAAUUACCUAACGCAGGCGGCAAGCAGAUCAGAAAUCAAUACCUUUGUGCCAGAAGGGGCAAUCCAGCAAAUCCAAGGGGGAAAAACUCAUUAAAUGAGCUCUAAUAUUUUGGUCAUUUUUGGUUUUGAAACAAAAGAGUUGAGGGUAGGUGAUGGAAUGGAAUUUGAAAGGGUUUGGCCUAAUUUUUUAAGGCUCUACUCAAAGAUUAUAUAGCAAAAGUGAAACUCUUAUUUUAAUAUUUUCAUUCAGAACUUCCAACUUUGGAGAGUCUGAAUUGCUCAGAUAGUCAAGUAUAUGUGAGAAGUCUGUUGCUGCGGAGCCAAUGCUCCUGUAUUUUUGGCUCUUGUUUAUUAUCUAGUGUAUUGGGGAUUCACACCUUUACUUUGCCUCAUUCCUAGUACCCUCCCUGGAUUUUGCACUUUUGUAAGUUGGUUUUUCUCACCUGAUUCAGUCUCUCUUCUUUCAUCUUAACAAUACAUUCUAAUAUGCUUUUGGUAGCACAUGCUGAGAAUUCCAAACCAGUUACCAUUUUUUAGUCCUCUGAUGUUUUUCUUUAGAGCAACAGUUCUUAACUGUACUGUAUUUUUAUUGCAAAAAUAAUAAUAAUUGAGAAACUUAGGUAAAGAAGGGAAAAGUCUAAAUAUAUUGAGCUGCUUUGCAGGCUUUAGUGCUUUAGGGAAAGAGUGUGUGAUAAUAUCCAUCAAGAUAGAAGAACCCUGUUCCUCCGUAAGUUUUCUCCUUGUGGAAGGAAAACUGAUCUUAGGUCUUCUAGAUACCAACUAUUUCAAAUACCAACCUCUAAAAUGACACAAGGGAAGCACAGAGCUUUGGAAUGUGACUUUUCCCUUUCAGAGAUUUAGAAGGAAAGAUAGAAAUUAGGUACAUUGUUGAGACUUCUAAUCCUCGAAUUUUGUAUUUUGUAUAUGUAGCUAAUAAGGAAUGAGUAUCUAGGGAAAUAAAUUUAGGCUAAAUAUUUAUCUUCUGAUGUUUUAGUACCUACUUCUCCUAUGCUUUACUUUACAUAUUUGUGCUUCCUGACCUGAUUUCCAUGCAAUCUCAAUUUAUGAAGCUGCAAAGAGGAUCAUAUAUGUUCCAAUCUCACUCUUCUGCUAACAGGAAUCAGGCAAAAUUAAAUGAUACCAGACUUUUAAAAUGGUCUCUUUUAUAUGGUCUAGGUGUUUCUUGUUGUUGUAAAGACCUUAUUAAGGUCAGGUAAAUUGGUCUGCUUGCUGUUGAAAUUUGCCUUCUAGCAAACAUCUUUGCUUUCUCUUUGUUCUUGUGUUUGCUGCCAAACCUUAUACGGUUGAAUAGGGGAGGGGGACAUAUAUUUCCUCACCAAGUGAACAUAUUCUAAUGCUGCAUCAAAGCCGCCCUGAAGCUGCACUGAACUUAUCUUGUUCUCUUUAUCUGUGUUGAACUUUUUAAAAAAUAAACUCAAAACACUUCUGAGACAUAUAUAGUCUCCCAUAAGAAAUGUAGCAUAGUGUGGAAUCUUAAUUUCUCUCCAGUUUCAAACACUACAGAGGAAUGCAAUAGAGAAGACAUAUUUGCUAUUUAACUAAAGCAAACUGUAAUCGGAAGGCUGAUCCCUCUGUAUUAUAUUGUAUAAUAGUUGAUACAACACUACUUGCAUGUCUUCUUGGUAAAUUAUAUAAAUAUUUAUAAAUAUAUAUAGACAUAUGCUUAUAUAAACUCAUUCUUUCUCAUUCUCCAUUCGUAAUUUUAAGAUCACAGAUGGUGACUUCUUUUUCUACUGUGUGCCUCAUGCAUACUUAGUCCUUGCUUAUCUUCAUUUUCUGAAAGUAUGUUCUUGGCAUGUGACACCUCAUAUUCUUCCUGCCUUCCCUGUUUAUAGGGUUGACAGUCCUUAAGCCAAGAUAUGCUAUUUAAAUUUCAUUUAAAUAAGGAAUUAAUAGGGGAAAAAUUACUAGGACAUGGCUUGUAAUACUGGUUCAAAAUUUGUCAUGUUAAUCACAUAAUUCUGUCAUUAUGGUUAGAGUGGACAAACUGGUAUGAUAAUCAUGGAUCUGACAUUAAUCGAUUUUUUAAAAAAUCUCCCAAAUAUUGCCAUUCUACUUUUCUCUUCUCACCUCACUUUUUUCCCCCCUCUUUUUUGGAGAGCAGGGGGAGUAGCCUACAAUUAAGAAUUUUUUUUUUCAGUUGUAUUAGCUAAAUUGUACUAAAAGCAGCCAGGUUUAAAUACUGACCCCUAUAGUCAGAAAUGUGCUACUAGUAACCACUGGAAAAGCUGAUGAAGCUACAAUUGUGGUGUGUGUGUGUGUGUGUUAUUUUAUUUCUUACUGGCAUUUCUCUGCUUGCUCUUAAAGCUGACAGUGAUGACAAUGUGGCAGCUGAAUGUUUUCUUUCUUGUUUCCUUCCUUUUUUCUCCCAGUCUUUCCCCCGUGUGCUGCCCUCUAUUUCUAAAGGGCGUUAACAAACUCAUUAUUAGAAUCCAGAGAUAAACAGCUUGGUUAUAUAAGAAUAUUUUAUUUUGCAUGUAGAGAAAAGAAUUAACCAAAGAUGUUUCUGCUCUGAUACUUUUAAAAGAAAACAAACUAAUUAUAUCUAAUGUAUCAAUAGAUCUAUUUAAAAGUUCUGUCAUAUAUAGAGAUUUACUGUAUGGGUUUUUAAAAGCAUAGCUUGUGCUUUUAGAUAUUAGAUGUAUCUCAGGUUAAAAACAAAACUGGCAGUCCUGAGCAAAAGCACUUUUGGCACAAUGAUUUUUGGUUUUUGUUUUAAAGUAUGCAGAGAAUGAGGGCUUUUAUUUUUAUUUUUAUUUUUAUUUUUUUCACUGAUGGCAUAUUUCAGAUUGAAGUGACAAACAUAGAUCAUCCAAGUAAUUUUGAAACAGUUUGGUUAUUAUUAGAUGAGGGAUGUGGCCAUUGGUCAAAGUCAAACCAACACUAUGCUAAAAGUAGUAAAGGGCAGAAGUUAAAAUUAUCUUUUGAAGAUCAACUGCCUCCUGGUUUCUCCUAAGAUGAGGACAAAGUGGCUGUUUAACUGGUCACACCUGCCCUCACCCUCCCUUUUCUAGUCCCUAGAACUACAUGGGUGGAGCAGAUCAGAAUUAAUAACAGCUCAAUCCCUUUAGGUAUUCUUCCUGGAUUAUGCUGCCAAAUCUCCAGAUUCUGUGGAUUGGUUGAAAUAAUAAAAUUUCACAUACUAAUUUUUUGCACAUCUUAAACAUAUUUAACUUUAAGUGUAUAAUGAACAAAGGAGGAAAAUUGAGUCAUAUCAAAUUUAACCUUAAAGCACAGAUUUAUGAACAUCUUUGAACGUUAAGAUUUAGGCAGACACUCUGAUUCUCAACUCUGGUUUGCCUGCUGGCCUUGCUGACAUUGGGAAAGUUCCAUUUACUGUUUUAUAAGUUGCUUGUUGUGAAGUGAAUGUUUUUUGUAAAAGUUGCCAAGCUAAUUCAAGUCCUAAAUAAGUUGCACAGUGGUAUUUGAGAGGACCCACUGUAGUCAUUAUCCACUUUAUACUGUUUGCUUUAAAAUAGUAUACAAAUUUCAGCUGCUUACUAAUUCAGUGACUAAACAUUGUGCAGUCUCUUUCUGUUUGGCUUCUAGUCAUUAUGGGGACUUGAAAUUCUUCAGUAGUCAUCGAGGUUCCUUCCAGGCUACAGAUUUUUAUGUUGUUUCUGCAUUCAACCUACAACGAAGAAGUGUAUACUGGUACAUGUUUUAUAAACCCAGCCACAGUUAAAAACCAUAAUUAGUUCUUCUAUACCCAGUAGCUUAGAAUUGAAAACAGAUGCUUUUUCUUCCCAAGAGCAGAGGUGUCUUGGUUCUAGGAACUGAAUUCCUAGAUUAGGAAUUGGUGAUAGGAGAAAUAGGAUCCAGAAUUCAAAAUUUAGUGACUUAGGGAAGAAAAUGCAUCUUACUCUGACUAUCUGAAAUGUAUGUUUAUUUGUAGAUUUAGUGUUGGAGAUAAAAGUGUUUCAUAUUUUAAAACUUUUUUCAUUCCUUUGUAUCUGUCAAAACAUGGUACAUGUUAGAAAACCAUUUCUUCUGUUAUGUUCCUAUAUUUUGGAAUUUAGUUGCUUGUACUUACUCGUUGAAAAGCUGUCCAUCUUCAUCUGUGUGCAUUUACCAUGAAUGCAUUGGCACUUUGCCUAAAAAAGAUGUUUUAGCACCUGUACUACUCAGGCGAUAGAAUGGUUGGUUGAAGCCAACUGCAUUUUUUAACUUUCUUGAGUUUGGUUCUGUAGACAGUAUAGUAGCAGAGUAGCUACUUACCUGUGUUUCAAAAUAAGGGAACAAAAAUUAUUACAGGAUUAAGGCAUGUAACCACUAUGGUACUCCCUAUAUGUCAAUGUAUACCCAAGUUGAGAAACCACAGGUGCAUAUUUAGACUUAGAGAAGAGGGAACAAGAGGUAGUUCUAGUCCUCAGAUGGUAUAGAGGAUGUAGUGCAUGGAAAACCCCAAUAGUUGUCCUUCCUUAUCCUAAUCCAGUAGAACCCUGGUGUGUACCUCGAGGAUGUGGGAGCAGAGUAGAACCUCAUCAUGUUAUUGGUUAUUCUUAGUGCUUUGGUUGUCCCUCUGGAAUUUUGAGAAAUUUAACAGAUAGUCUUGGAAGCCUGCAUAGUCUAUUGCCCACCAUUGGAGAACUGAAGGAGGUACAUGGGAAAUUCCUACAGUUCUCAGGGAACUUCAAGACAUGGGACAAGGAUCCCUGUGCACUGAAAUGGGAAUCGGGAUGUUGCAUACUUAUACUUCAAUCCCUGAGAAAUCCCUGGCUGGACAUAAAAUGAUGACAUUCAAGUCUUGGCCCAUCAAGACACUUUCUUACUAAGUUGUGAUUGUCUCUCUGUGAAGCACUAUCAGCUCCUAUUUUUAAAAUAUUUAAACCUGUUUAAGUAUUCCCCUUGAGCAAAUAUGGAUCAGAAAAUUUACUUAUGUGACAGAAUCAGGAUCCUUUUGAGGGUACACACAACCUCAAGACACUGAAUAGCAAAGAAGUAGCAUUUACCAAGUAAUGCUUGGGUCGUUGGUCUUAAGGAUACAUUUAAAAGAAGGGAAGCCCUUCCCUUCAUUGCACUGUGAAACUUAGGUUUCUGCUUUCUCUUUAAUUGAAAGUGAUAGUAUAGAAACCGUAUGAGCACAGUAUAUAUAAUUGGUGAUGCUUACCAUGCCUCCUAGGGUUUCCGGAUCCACUGACCUAGAGAAUAAGAUUGGGUGAGGCAGAUCUUUGAGCCCAGGCACCUAUAGGAUUUGCCAAUCACAUAAGUUUAUACAUUAACAAUGGAUAGGAAUUUACCUCUGUUUUUAGUUGAUUAAUAAUGUUUCAUUAAGUGCAUAAGUCUUCACUCACCUAGUUAAAAACGUUAAGUAACCCAAGUUUUUAUGUAGACUACUCUUGCCAUAUGAUGCGUUUAUUCUCUUAUAAAAUUUAAAUCCUUAAAAAUUCACACAUAACACUUCACUAUACCUGGAAUCUGCCUGGGGGCUCUUCACUCACCCACAAUAGGUAAACAACGCUACCAGAGCUUGAAUGUGAUUUAUUUUAGGGAGCUGAUGAGGAGGGAAAAGCCCGUGGGACUUUUUCCAAAACUUUUAUUUUUAAACUAUUACCAGAUUGUUUCACUAAAGGGGAAAAAAGCAUUCAGAAGGACAAAGAUAGGAAGAUAAAGGAAAUACAAAACUGGGCCACAUGGGACUCUGAAAUAGGACUGGAGGGACUGACUAAAGAAGAAAACAGUUGAGAUAACCCAGUCUUCAGCCCCCUCCCUUAAACAUGCUUUCUGGUUCCCCUUCUAACUCUUUUCCUAAAAUAGCCAGUGCCUAUUUAGUUGGGCCAUUUACUUACAAGUUCCCAGCUUUUAGGAAAAAAGAGGGGAGAGGAAACUUGUUUUGAAUUAGAUAACAAUCUUCUAAAUUACAAACUAUUGACAGCUGUUAAAUCAGAUUCAACUACAAAGGAAAAGAAUUCUUUUCUUGGGCAAUACCAGUAAGUUAGAAUAGAUGACCUUAAUUCCACUUGUAUUCUCUUCUUCUCUUCAUGAAAUGAGAUGAGAAGCUGCCCUUUGAAAUAUAUUUAUUGGUUAGCAGUGUGAUAAUAAAACACUUUCUCCCAAGGUGUUGUAUUGUGUCCCUUUCUCCUCCAAGCAUUCCCCUUUGUGCAUUCUUGCUCAGGCAACCAAGGACAUAGAAUAUUGGCAGAAACACGGCAUGCUUUUGUAUAGGCCAUCUGUACAUAAAAGUGUAAUUAUUUAUUUAAUUUUCCCAUUUGUAUCAUAUUAAAGCUUUGUACAGUGUUUUAA